AUGACUUAUGAAACAAAGAUAAUUAUGAAUUAUUCAUAUAAUACAUGUGACAUUAUAGGCAAAGGCUUUAGUUCUGUUGUUUACAAAGGAAUAAAUACAAAUACAAAGGAUUAUGUAGCAAUCAAGGUAGCCAAAUUUCAUUAUCUUGAUUAGGUGAUCAAUAGAAAAUUUUCAGAAUAACUCCCAGCCAUUUAGAAUGAAAUACACAUUCUCAGAAGUCUCUAAGGACGACAUAUUCUGAAAUUUUAUGAUCAUUUUGCUUCAAAAAAUAACAUUUAUAUUAUUACUGAAUACUGUAAGUAAGGAGAUUUAGGGUAGAAACUAAAAUAGCAAGGGUAUUUCAAAUAGGAGUAAGCCGUAGCUAUGGUUAAAUAAAUAAUAGAUGGUAUUUAUGUGAUGGCUUAAUAAAAUAUAAUACAUCGAGACUUGAAACCAUAGAACAUUUUACUGAAUGAAUAGGAAGUGAGAAUAGCAGACUUUGGUUUCGCUAAACCGCUAAAUAAAUUGAAAAAUGAAAUGAAUGUCGGCACUCCUAUUUAUAUGAGUCCUGAAACCUUGAUUAAAUCACAAUAUACUAGCAAGACUGAUAUCUGGAGUCUCGGAGUUGUAUUUUAUGAAUUGCUCUAUGGUAAACCUCCAUGGGUGGCUCAAACAGAGUAGGAAUUGAUAUACAAGGUACUCAAUAAAAGCGUUAUUUUCCCUGAUUUCCCAUUUGUAUCAGAUAGCGUAAAGGAUUUAAUCAAAUAAUGUCUAAUCAUAGACCCUUAUAUGAGAUUAAGUCUAAAUGAUUUGGUACAGCAUCCAGUUAUCAAAAAAAGUAGUAAAUAAAUAGUCAAGCCUAAUGAGACAGAAAGCACUGAUCAAACUAUUAAAUCGGAAGUUCCAAAUGCUUCUGAUCCUUGGACUUAUAAGAAUAGUGAUAAAAAAUUAGUCAAGAUAAACUACAAAAAUCCAUAAAUAAAUACAAUUAUUUCAAAAUAUUUGAAUCCUAAUACUACAAAUCAAAAGGAUAACAAAUAAAUUAAAGAUAAUUAAUCCAACUUUGAUGAAAUCACAUCUAUUUUACAAAGCCAGUUUAAUUUAUGUCUCUUUCUUAAUAUAAUGAUAUCAAAAAUUAGAGAUCAGAAAUUAUUAACUCCUUUAUUAAAUGAGAAAUGCAGAAUCAUUUUUUCAAAGCACUUAUAAAAUGUUAAGGAGAAUAUCUAUAAACAAUUGAUUGAAGGUGAAAACAGAUUCAAAUUCAAAGAGUGGUCUCUUUAUUGUAAGGAAAAUACUUACAAUAAAUUUAGUGCGAAGUUUAUUCUUGAGAAUGCUUAAUUUAAUAAGACAAUCAAAGAUUAUAAUGAAAUGAUAAAAUCUAAUAAAUCAUUGAUUAUUGAAUAUUAAAAAUAUGAUUCUGAGUUUUAUUAGAUAUUAUUUGGAUUAGAAUGGAAAAUAAUCAGGAAGAUCAUUAAAAAUUUGAUUUUAGAAUUUAAUCAUAUGAUAGUUCAGAAUGUAGAUUUUUUCAAUCAAAGUUAUCAGAUUACUAAAAAUUAGGCAACUGAAAUCAUUUUAUUAUAAUAAUUGUGUUGCUAUCUUGAAAUGAUUGAUAAAUUCUUUCUUAAAAAUUUUGAUCAAGAAAAGUUUGCCAAACAAUCUAAGAUACAAACCUAUUUAAAGGCAAAAGAAAUAAAGAUGUCUGAUUAUUUGGAAAUCAGAUUCCAAAUCAAAAAUUUAAUGAGGAAUUGA